GGCUGAGCAUCAUCACGGCCAUGUCCCUUUGCAACGAACUGUCAAAGACCACAACAAUCCAAAUCUUGCGACGCCGAUCAGAACCUAAAACACAAGUAGACUUAUACAGCCGCAAAACUGAUCGCUGCGGCGGGCGAAAUGGUUCCCUUUCCAUUUAUCAAGGGUACCGCCCUAAGCGUGGUAGUCGUCCUCGAGAUUAUCCAGAAAGCCGCGAGCAAUAGAAGUGAUCUACGAGAGUUAGCUGAGAGUAUUGUGAACACGUUGGUUGCUGUGAGGGACGCUGUAAUCGAACAUGGUCCGACUAGUGCUUCGCAUUUCCAGAGAAUCUGUGUAGAAUUUCAGACAUACAUGACUGAUCUUCUUUCCAAGUUGAACAGCGAAAAGAGGUCGCCUCGUGGAAUCCGGCGGUUUUUCAGAGCGAAGAAGAUCUCUGAUGACAUUAGUACUUACAGACAGCGGAUACAAACGGUUAAGGAAGACUUCCUGAUUCGUACGACAACCACAACACGACUGGUCCUAUCCGAUGUCCAGGAUCAAGUUAGUACGAAAUUCAGCACUCUGACCGGUCUCGUGGAGACAUCAGAGAGGACUGUCACGUCAAUCAUCAAGGACAAUAUCUCAGAGGUGCUCACCUUGGGCAUCACGCAGAGCGAAAACAUAGAAAAACUUCGAAUGACAUUACUUCAGGCCUUCCGUGAACGAGGAAAUGUUUAUAAGGGGGUGGUCCGAGAUCUCGUUCCAGGAGAUAUAUACAUCAGGGCACCGGUCCCACGCGACUCAUGGCAACAAAACUCUAAUUUUGAUGAAUAUGGUGCAACCAUCGAUGACUGCCCAAAAAUUGUUCGUGUUUAUCGAGUUCCGGCUGAUCAUAAAGAACAAAUGAUACAACAAUUUCAAAAAGAAGUAGAUCGAAGACUUCAUUUGAGGCAUCCAAAUAUCACCCAACUUUUUGGUGUAUGCGUGGUACCAACGUUUCCGGCUCUUGUGUUCCACCGAAACGUCAAUGACAGAAAACGGUACAAUUAUGGGGAUAUGAUGGAACGUAGAUCAAGAUCGAGCGUGAGGGAGGCGCUUCUUUUCUAUAUUGGAAUGGUGGGAAAUCAUUCAUUUACGGACCUUUCUGUGCGGCUUAGCCUACCUAGUACAAUGAUUGGCAGGUAUAACAAUCUUUCUAGACCGCUGAAGCAUUAAUCUGUUUCAGUCCAUAGCAAACUACCUAGCCGGACAAGAUUGGGUGCGACAGCAGGAAGACAAAGGAAGAAUGCCGAUCUCCUACAACUGCUUUGAUGAACAAGGGCGAGUCAUCCUCGAUGAUUUAACUCUAAAUGAUUACUUCUAUAAAUCUUUCGUCUUACAUUUGGGGUGCUCUCGAGUGUCAGUGGUUAUGUAUACCGAAGAGGGCACAAAGGGAAGUGAUGAUCGGGAUCUGGCGGAUCUGGAGCAUGUAAUUUCACGUCCUACGAGUUUACAGAAAGACCGUCUCUGGCAAAUUUAUGAGAGCAUUCACUUGUUGUUCGGA